AUUACUAUUAGCUGAUCAGCUCCCCUUCCCCUGCUCUUACCUCCUACAACCGCAGCAGCAGCAGCAGCAGCAGCAGAAUUAGAAGAAGAAGAAGAAGAAGAAGAAGAAGAGAUUGGAGAGAUUGGAGAGAUUGUAGGAGAAUGCAAGAGCAAGCUACGAGCUCUCUGCCUUCGAGCAGCGAGAGAUCCUCGAGCUCCGCGCCCCCAAUGGAAGUCAAAGAGGGCGUGGAGAGCGACGAGGAGAUACGGAGAGUGCCGGAGUUCGGGGCGGGAGCGUCCACCUCGGGCCGGGAGGCCGGUUCGGCGGCCGGACCGGACCGGACCCAGUCGUCGGCUCAGACCGGCCAGCGCAGGAGGGGCCGGAGCCCCGCCGACAAAGAGCACAAGCGCCUCAAGAGGUUGCUGAGGAAUCGGGUGUCGGCGCAGCAAGCGAGGGAGAGGAAGAAGGCGUAUCUGAACGAUCUGGAGGCGAAGGUGAAGGAUUUGGAGAAGAAGAAUUCGGAGCUCGAGGAGCGGCUCUCCACAUUACAGAACGAGAACCAGAUGCUCAGACAAAUACUGAAGAAUACUACUUUGAGUAGGCGGGGAUCGAGUAGCAGUGCCAACGGAGAAGGUCAGCAGUAGAACGAGAAAAUAAUCAUCGGAGUACGGGCUUAUUCUUGUCAUGAAGCCCAAUGGUGCAGAUAUCAAUACCAUCUAUAAUUAUCUGGCCAACAGUUGGAUCGACGAUGCGGAAGAGCGCCUGUAUUAAAGUAGACUUGCCGCUACCUGUUCUUCCGACAAUACCAGUUUUCAUACCUCCAGGGAAAGUGCAUGUCAGGCCUCUUAGCACAAAAGGCAAGUGUGGAGCGUAUCGUACCUGCAUCCAAAACAAAUCAGUACCCAGAAAAUAGGAGCAGCUACAGAACACAAUUCAGCAUCUAUAAGCCCCAAUAACAAAUUUCUCAUGAAUUAAUUAAACUUGGUUGUACAGUUGCACCUUUCAAUUCUAUGGACUGGUAAAACAUCAGUUAUGACUUAGACUGUACGAAACUAUGGAAAUUACACUAUCCUUUGCAUA